AUGGGUGCCGCUGGUUCCAAACUCGAGAAAGCUCUCGGCGAUCAGUUCCCUGAAGGCGAGCGAUACUUCGGCCUCGAGAAUUUCGGCAAUACCUGCUACUGCAACAGCGUCUUGCAGGCUCUAUACUUCUGUGUACCAUUCCGGGAACAAUUGCUUGAGUACUAUGCAAUUAAUAAAUCCACUGGGGAUGCAGAAGAGAAUCUCUUAACAUGUUUGGCAGACUUAUUUACACAGAUAAGCUCACAAAAGAAGAAAACUGGUGUCAUUGCGCCCAAGCGAUUUGUCCAGCGAUUGAAAAAACAAAAUGAGCUUUUCCGUAGCUAUAUGCACCAGGAUGCUCAUGAGUUUUUGAAUUUUUUGCUCAAUGAACUUGUUGACAUUCUGGAGAAAGAGGCGAAAGCUGUUAAAAGCGAUACAGAAACUUCAUCUCCACCUGAAAAGACUGCAAAUGGCUCAAAGAGUGUGCUGCCGAAUGGAGUUUUGAAGGAGCCUUUAGUUACUUGGGUGCACAAGAAUUUCCAGGGAAUACUUACGAACGAAACUAGGUGCCUGCAGUGUGAAACAGUGACAGCUAGAGAUGAGACCUUCUUUGAUUUGAGCCUUGAUAUAGAACAGAACAGCUCAAUAACCAGCUGUUUGAAAAAUUUCAGUUCAACUGAGACUCUGAAUGCAGAAGAUAAAUUCUUCUGUGACAAGUGCUGCAGCUUGCAAGAAGCUCAAAAGAGAAUGAAGAUAAAGAAGCCGCCUCAUAUUCUGGUGAUCCACCUCAAGAGGUUUAAAUACAUUGAGCAAUUGGGUCGUUACAAGAAGCUGUCAUACCGAGUAGUGUUCCCCCUCGAGCUGAAGCUGAGCAAUACAAUGGAAGAUUCAGAUAUCGAGUACUCGCUCUUUGCUGUGGUUGUACACGUCGGGAGUGGGCCCAACCAUGGUCACUACGUCAGCCUUGUGAAGAGCCACAAUCACUGGUUGUUCUUUGACGACGAGAAUGUUGAGAUGAUCGACGAGUCUGCCGUGCAGACAUUUUUCGGUUCAGCACAAGAGUACUCAAGUAACACGGAUCAUGGGUAUAUUUUGUUCUACGAGAGCAUCACCGCCACAAACAAGAGCUAA